AUGGUGUUUGCUGUUUCCACCACCGCCACCGAAGGCGAGGCCCCCAAGAUCCUGACUGUUCGCGAAGUUUAUCAGCCUCCAUCAGCAAGUCGGACCAAUGGACGUGUUAUACCAAUCAAGCAUGCAAAUAAGGUAGACUUCGGAGCUGAGAUCUACGGAAUUGAUCUCAACAACUUUACCUCGGCCGAUUUCGAGCUCAUCUCUGGUGCUCUCCACCGACACAAGUUGCUUGUGUUCAAAAAGCAGCCGCAGAUGCUGACACCUCAACAGCAAUAUCGCUUGACUUCAUGCUUCGAUCCGGACGAGAAAACUGGAGGUUUCGCCCACGGUGCCGAUCCAGUCCUCCUCUCCGAGAAAGGAGUCACGAUAUAUGGUCUCCCCAAUCGGCCAGCCAUUAACUCUCAGCCCCAAGUUCACAUUCUGGGGCGUGGUGAAGUCCCCAAAGACCACUUUGAUUUCCCACCAGGAUUCAAAGUGAAGGGUAUUGACCACGUCAACUUUCAUCUUCCUCCACACACCCCACAGGAGGAAAGAGAUGCAGGAUCCAGCCGUUUCUAUCAGUGGCACUGGGAUGGAUCUCUUUACAAGAUUCCCCCGCCGCGUGUAGGUUGUCUCCUGGCUGUGCGCACUCCCAAAGGCCCCGAUGUCACCGUUCACUGGGGCGAUGGAACGGGAAGAACGAUGGACAUUGCACCGGGUGCAACUGCCAUGGUUGCUGGAUCAAGAGCACUGCAAAUCUUGGAUCCGGAGUUGCGUGAGAUGGUUCUUAACAGCCGGAUCGAGUACGCACCACACGCGUUCCAAUGGAUGUCAACGGCGCGCAGCACUCGGCUUGGUCAUCUCAUUGAAACAGAGGGUCUCGAGAUGCCACUAGACAAGCUUUCGCCUUGGACGGAGGACAAUAUCUGUAUCUAUCCUAUGGUCUGGACUAAUCCAGUAACCGGAGAGAAGUCGUUGCAGGUUCAUGGUCAGGGUGCAUUCAAAUUGUAUCUGAAAAGCAAAGUCGACGGUGAAGAAACCAUCGUAACCGAUCUGAAGGAAGUUCGCGCUUUUAUGAACAAAAUUAUGAGUCCAGUUUUGUCACCAGAAAAUAUUUACGCUCAUCCUCACGAGGAACAAGAUGUCAUCCUCUGGUACAACCGGGCCUUAUGGCAUAGUAUUACCGAGUUCCCAGAAUCUUAUGGACCGCGCAUUAUGCAUCAGUGCAACAUUGCAGCAUCGGAUCAUCCAUCAAUGUAG